GACUACUCCUACCAUACCCACUUACUUACCUCAUUUGACUACAACCCCUGCCUCCUCACCGAUACCAAAUUACGCCGUCUACACCGCCGAUUUGGCCACCCUUCAACUGAUAGACUUCGCCGUGUACUUACACGUGCGGGCCAUGAAACCAACAAGGAAGCAAUUGAGCACAUUCGCAAAUUCUGCCACCAUUGUCAAAUGUACAACAAGUCACCUGGACGAUUCCAGUUCAUACUGCAUGAAGAUGUUGACUUCAAUCACUCUAUCAUUAUUAAUAUUAUGUACCUUGAUGGAGACCCUGUACUUCAUAUUGUCGACAAAGCAACACACUUCAAUGCUGCUGCGUGGCUACUAAAUAUCUCAACAAAAGUCGUAUAG